CGGGGCCCGGUGCUUUCCGCUGCACGCCCCUUGGAGCCGGGGUCCCUGCUCGUCGCGGAGCCGCUAGCUCCCGAGCCGCGCCGCUGGUAGCGGUCGGUGAAAGCCCAGCUGGCCUGACCCUCUUCGUUUCUUUCCCCGGAGCGGCGCCGGAGAUGCUCAUCCACAUGGAUCAGAAGGAGGAACUGCGGUUGUCCCGCUCCUGCGAAGGGAAGAGUGCUCUGAGCGGCACCUCAGCUGAUGGUGGGAUUGUGAGCACAAAUGAAGACAAUGCCCAUCAAGACAUCCCCCGGCCAGUGGAGCCCAAGGGUUUCUGCUCAGGACUCUCCGAGGAGAACAGUUCCCAGGGUCCUGCACAGGACCCUGUUCUGCCACGCAGGUCCGAAAGGAUUCAGAGUUCUCUGGGGAAGAGGCCAAGCCGAGCGGCACUGUGUGGAAAAAGCUCCAGGAGGGUGCCGGAUGUUGUCCAGCAGAGAAACCCUUCCAUGGGGAAACUGACGAUACAUGGGGAGUGUGGGAAGAGUUUCCAGGUGAGCUCCAACCUCAUCCAGCAUCAGGGAAUCCCCACUGGAGAAAAACCCUUCUCCUGCACCGAAUGUGGGGAGAGUUUCAAGUGGCGGUCACAACUCGUCCAGCACCAGAUGAUCCACACAGGGGAGCGGCCCUACGAGUGCCCCGAGUGCGGGAAGAGGUUCCGAGAAAGCUCGAACCUGAUCCGGCACCAGGUAACCCACACCGGGGAGAAGCCUUACAAAUGUGGCGAGUGUGGGAAGAGCUUCUCUGACAACUCGCAGUUAAUCCAGCACCAGUGGGUGCACACUGGGGAGAAACCCUACGAGUGUAGGACCUGCGGGAAGAGCUUCAGCGUGAGCUCGAAGCUGAUCCAGCACCAGGUAACCCACACUGGGGAAAACCCCUACAAGUGUGCUGAGUGCGGGAAGAGCUUCUUUAGGAACUCUCAGCUCGUCCUGCACCAGCGGGUGCACACUGGGGAGAAACCCUAUGAGUGCGUAACCUGCGGGAAGAGUUUCAGCGUGAACUCAGCCCUGACACGACACCAGUGGGUCCACACCAGGGAGAAGCCCUACAAGUGUGCCGAGUGUGGGAAGAGCUUCUCCCAGACCGCGAAGCUCAUUCUGCACCAGCGGGUGCACACGGGGGAGAAACCCUACGAGUGCAGCACCUGCGGGAAGAGCUUCAGCUUGUCCGUAACCCUGACACGACACCAGCGGGUCCACACUGGGGAGAAACCCUACGUAUGCAGGACCUGCGGGAAGAGCUUCAGCGAGAGGUCAGCCCUGAUACGACACCAGCCGGUCCACACCGGGGACAAGCCCUAUGAGUGCUCAGAGUGCGGCAAGAGCUUCAGCGUGAGCUCAAAGCUGAUCCGGCACCAGGUAACCCACACUGGGGAGAAGCCCUACAAGUGUGCCGAGUGCCCGAAGAGGUUCUCCGAGAACUCACAGCUUGUCCGGCACCAGCGGGUGCACACUGGGGAGAAGCCUUACAAGUGUGCUGAGUGCGGGAAAAGCUUCUCUGACAACAUGCAGCUCAUCCGGCACCAGCGGGUCCACACCGGGGAGAGGCCCUACGCCUGUGCCCACUGUGGGGUCAGCUUUCGAGAGAGUGGCCACCUCACCAGGCACCUGCGCAUCCACACCGGGAGGCAUCCCUACGUCUGUGCUGAGUGUGGAAAGGGCUUCAGAGCGAGCUCAUCGCUCUUCCGGCACCAGCAGACCCACAGGGUUGGGGAGCCCUAGGUGGGGGGAGUUUGGGGAG